AUGGAGAAGCUAGAGACUAUCUUUUUGACAAUUGUUUUGAAUGACAUUCUGGAAAGAGUGAACAAAACAAGUAAAAUUUUGCAGUCAAAAGAUGUGGACAUAUUUGUUGCCAUUGAGCUCCUCAAGUCUCUGAAAGCCUAUCUUCGGGAAAUGAGAGACAAAUUCAGUGAGUAUGAAGCGAAGGUAAAAGCAGGUGUCCAGAUUCGAAAUAUGGCGAUGGAGACAAACGUGCAAGAAAGCGAGGUGUGCGUCUUACCAGAUAUGAUGGGUCAGCAGAACAGAGAUCAGUUAAAAACAAUUGCCUGUAAUGAGCUUAGUCAAAGGUGUGAAAAAUUGGCUAAUGCUUAUCAUGAAGAUUUUGAGUACAAUGAAUUACUCAAUGAAUGCAAGCAAUUCAAGCACUACAUUGUCCACGAUGAAGAAUGCAAGACUCUUCCAGACAUGUACAGCAUACUCAUUCCAGAUAAGUUGAAAUCUGUGUUUCCCAAUGUUGAAAUCGCACUCAGAAUAUUUAUGUGCAUGAUGGUGACCACCUGUUCCGGGGAGCGAUCAUUUUCCAGGUUGAAACUUACAAAGAAUCAUCUACGCAGCACAAUGGGACAGCAGUGGUUGAAUCUGCUUUCCCUCAUGUGCACUGAAAGCGACAUCCUCAAAAACAUAGACUUUCAACCAAUUAUAAAGCAAAUUUCUGCAAUGAAAUGCCGCAAAUCUUCCAGUUGA